AUGGCUCGCUUCACUAGUUUCUUCAAGUCAUCAAAUAGAUCACAAGAGGAACCUAGAAGACCACUUUCAUCAGCUGCACCUUCUGUUGAGGGCUAUGUUGAUCACUUUACCAAGGAUGGCGAUAUAGCUUCCAUAAGGAUUACAGAUGGUACAGACAGGAAAGAUAGCGCUAACAGAUCCGUAAAUAACGCGAAAAGCAAUGUCGCAUUUAAAACCACGGUUUCAAUUGAAAAUGAAGGGAAUGGCCGCAAACUCAGCACCCCUAAGACUCGAGAGCAUAGCCAGAUCCCAGAGUGUACUGCUAUGUCGAAAUGCGAAGUGUGUUGUAAAGCCAAACUGGAGAUCGACCCUGCGACACAAAAUCCUGAUCUAAGACUCAAGAAUUGCGUUAAAUUCUUAACAAUGCGUGCUAAUGGCGAGCAUGUAGCGGGUUACAGGUUACCAGACGGUGGCACACAUAAGUUGCCCGACAAGCUUCGAUCCUUGCGGACAUUCUUGAGCAAACACUCCACUAUAAUAGAGAAGUCCAGUGCAAACAAGAUGCAUGUUUCUCAACGAUUGAGGCAAUAUUUAGACAUGAACUCCACUGCGGAUUAUUUAUUCGAAAUUCGAACUGUAAACCAAGAUGUUUCUAAAAACGAAGCAAGGUGGAAUUCAUAUUUCUGGGUUCCUAGAAAUUGGGAUCCAAUGAGCCCAGAACCACGUUCUAAGAGACUCAAUGAAAAAAAUAAACUCUUUUGGAGGUACUAUGGUGGACCUUUUCAAGUCUAUCCGGGACAUUUUUUUUGUCCAAUGAAUGAGAUCAGAAAUUGCCACAAGAGAUGCACGACAUUGGAGGGCACAGCAGCUAUAAAAGACUUCCGUCUCCUUGAGGAUGUCAAUCCGAUUAAUGUUCGCAUGACAUGCGGAUGUGCUAGAGGAGGAAAGAAUAGCCUUGACCAGAGCUGGAAUGUACGAUUAUAUAAACGAAUGUCGGAGACAGAAAAGAGGGAGGAGAAUGAGAAGAGGUAUAUGGAAAGGUUCACUCCUGCCUCGUCUAAUGAUGAUCGAAAGUCGGGGGCGAAGGUGAAGGAGAAUUCCGAAUCGAGUUCCUGGGCGAAUCCUGCUCUUCAAUUUGAUUCCUUGACAGAUGACACCAGACUAGUCAUUGAAGAAGCUGAAAGAGCCGCAAAGAAUGGUAAGGAUAAGGAAGAUCAUAUCAAGUCACUGGAAGGCGAGGAUGGCCUACCAAGAAUUGAGGAGGAGACCAACACAAAAAGCCAGAAUGAACCGGUGAAUAAUGACAAACUUUCAACUCUUGUUGAUGAAAAUAUUGCAUUCACCGAUUAUGGAGCUUCUCAGGACACCGGUUUAGAAGGACCAGAAAGAAUCCGAGAACUGCACCCUUCCGUAACUCAAGAUGAGAGUAUUUCACCAACUGGCUCGGGGACUGGCCGAGAUAGCGAUGCAGAGGAAGGAAAUCGAAUUCAAGAAUCCCGAUCUUCAGUAGCUCAAGAUGAGAGAAUUUUAGCUGCGGGCUCUGAGUCUCCUCAAAACACCAAUUCAGAAUGGGCAAACGAAUUUCUGAACUGGCAAUUCCCAUUAAACCAAGAUGGGAGUUAUUCAGCCGCCCAACCUGACUCUUCAGAAUAA